AUGGAGGCACAACAAAUUUACAACCACGUUAGCGAGCGUUACAGUGCCGCAUCGAAGGGCACCGCGGCCGAGUACGGUCAUGCUGUUGCUAAAGCUUUUGGAUAUACAGACCAGGAGCUCGAGGGGAUCCCAAAGGAGUCCAACCUGGGGCUAAGUUGUGGGAAUCCAUUGGCAGUGGCUACUAUCCGUGAGGGCGAGACAGUUAUUGACCUAGGAAGCGGUGCCGGUUUCGAUGCUUUCUUGGCUGCCAAUAAGGUCGGACCAACUGGCAAGGUCAUCGGUGUCGACAUGAACAAGGACAUGCUCAGACGAGCCAACGAGAUUAAGCUCAAGCACCAAAAGACCAAUGUUGACUUCGUUGAGUCCCAAAUUACCAACGUAUCCGCGCUUCCCUCCGACACCGCCAACGUCAUCAUCUCGAACUGUGUCAUCAACCUCGUCCCAGAGGAGGAGAAGCACCUCGUCUUCAAGGAGAUGCACCGGCUGCUCAAGCCCGGCGGACGAGUCGCCAUCUCCGACAUUCUGGCCAAGAAGCCGCUUCCGGAGAGACUGCGCGCCAACAUGGCCCUGUACGUCGGGUGCGUGGCGGGCGCCAGCCUGGUCGAGCAAUAUCAGCAGUACCUGCAGGAGGCGGGCUUCGCGGCGGAGAGCGUAUUCAUCAAAAACGACGAAGCGGAUCUGAAUGUUUACUUGGAGACAAACCCAGAUGGAUCACGGACGGCUGGGGGAAAGGGGGGCAACCUGUGCUGCAACCCAAGGAUCGAGAGUGCACCAGCUCAGCCAGCCGUCUCCUCGUCCUGUUGCUCCAACGCGGCAGCGGCAGCAGAUGCAGCAGCAGCAUCGGCGUCAUCAUCGUCUUGUUGUGGUGGGAGUGCCUCGACAGAUCAGCCGUGUGCUUUCGACGAGAAAGAUCUGGCAGAUCUGGAAGGCGAGGACCUGAAUGAUUGGGCGGGGUCGUACAAGAUUUAUGCAGUCAAGAUGUAA